AUGGCCGACCACGGUUUCACCGUCUGCGCCUACAACCGUACCGUCUCCAAGGUUGACCGCUUCUUGGACAACGAGGCCAAGGGCAAGUCCAUUGUCGGUGCUCACUCCAACGAGGAGUUCAUCUCCAAGCUCAAGAAGCCCCGCCGUGUCAUGCUGCUCGUCCAGGCCGGAAAGGCCGUCGACGACUGGAUCGAGACUCUCCUGCCCCUGCUCGAGAAGGGCGACAUCAUCAUCGACGGUGGUAACUCCCACUUCCCCGACUCCAACCGCCGAACCCAGUACCUGGCCGGAAAGGGUCUCCGAUUCGUCGGUUCCGGUGUCUCCGGUGGUGAGGAGGGUGCCCGCUACGGUCCCUCCAUCAUGCCCGGUGGUGACGAGGCCGCCUGGCCCUACAUCCAGGACAUCUUCCAGAGCAUCUCGGCCAAGAGCGACAACGAGGCUUGCUGCGAGUGGGUCGGUGAUGAGGGUGCUGGUCACUACGUCAAGAUGGUCCACAACGGUAUUGAGUACGGUGACAUGCAGCUCAUCUGCGAGGCCUACGACAUCAUGAAGCGUGGUCUGGGUCUGAGCAACAAGGAGAUUGGUGAUAUCUUCGCCCAGUGGAACAAGGGUGUUCUGGACUCGUUCCUGAUCGAGAUUACCCGUGACAUCAUGUACUUCAACGACGACGAUGGCACUCCCCUCGUCGAGAAGAUUCUCGACCAGGCUGGCCAGAAGGGUACCGGCAAGUGGACCGCUGUCAACGCUCUUGACCUCGGCCAGCCCGUUACUUUGAUCGCCGAGUCCGUCCUGGCUCGCUGCCUGUCUGCCCUCAAGGAGGAGCGUACCAAGGCCUCUACCAUCCUGGAGUACCGUGGCCGUGUCAGCAAGUUCGAGGGUGACAAGGCUCAGUUCCUUGAGGACCUUGAGCAGGCUCUGUACGCCUCCAAGAUCAUCUCGUACGCUCAGGGUUUCAUGCUGAUGCAGGAUGCCGCCAAGGAGUACGGCUGGAAGCUUAACAAGCCUUCCAUCGCUCUCAUGUGGAGAGGUGGUUGCAUCAUCCGCUCCGUCUUCUUGAAGGACAUCACUGCUGCUUACCGCAACAACCCCGACCUUGAGAACCUGCUGUUUGACGACUUCUUCAACAAGGCUAUCCACAAGGCCCAGCCCGGCUGGAGAGACGUCAUCUCCAAGGCUGCCCUUCUCGGAAUCCCCACUCCCUGCUUCUCCACUGCUCUGUCGUGGUUCGACGGUUACCGCACCAAGGACCUGCCCGCCAACCUGCUCCAGGCCCAGCGUGACUACUUCGGUGCCCACACCUUCCAGAUCAAGCCCGAGUUCGCCAGCGACAAGUACCCCGUCGGUGCCUACACUCACGUCAACUGGACUGGCCGUGGUGGAAACGUCUCUGCUUCCACCUACCAGGCAUAA